GCUUUUCCCUGGGAGCCCCCCUUGAGCAUAUCUUUAUUUAAAAGAUAUGCCUAAUGGUUCACCCAGUAUAUAAAAUAGCUAUAAAAUAGCUUGGUAGCUAACUGAAUUUCCAUUGAACCAAGUUCUAUAGUGAAUCUGAUGAGCAUGUUCAAAGUGAUCUGUGUGAUAGCCCUGUGUGCUCUGCAGCAAACCCAUGCUUGCACUAACAGUCCCUCAAGCGUAGAAGUGACCCCAGCCCUAGAGUGUAGAAGUAACGGUAUCACUGACUCGGACCUGUGCCGCCAAGGCCUGGUCUCAUGGUACAAGAACGGGGAGCUCAUCUGUGGCCAGACAGAUACGAUACUGAGCCACGACAAUCUGCCCUCGGAUGAAGGAUCAUACAUGUGCGGAGUUGAAGGGGUUAAUUCAACCUCAAUUAUCUUUACUGUUCGGCCUCGUGACGUGAGUAAGAGUCAAGCAGACAUGCAACAAACUGCCACUCUGCAGUUCUUUGAGCUUGGAGAACGGACAAAGCAGACCGAAUUCAGCGGAAAAGUUAAAUUCAAUGAUUCAUUCCUGUGCAUCUUUAGCUACACGCCGGACAGUGUGGUGUUUGAUUAUCCUUGCCAACAUGUGAUUGUCGAUAAUAUGGAAUUGUUUUCAGCUGUGGACAUUAUCAGAGUUGGUGAUAUUUUGGCCCUGCAUUUGACUCGGGAUGUGGCAGCAGUGUCAAGUGGAAGUGUUUCUGUGAAGAUGAUCGUGGCCCCGACGUUUAAUGGACUAAGAUAUACUGCGAGUGUUGAUCUAAUAUUGUUACCUCUACCCACUCCACCCACCACUCCACCACCCCCCACUACUCCACCAACAACCACUCCACUCGUACCCACACCACCACAGUGCAAUGGACCUACCAAAAUCUUUGAGCUAACCGUCACUCUGGACUUCAGUGACGCUGACUGUGACGAACAAAACAUCGGCAUGCUUGUCAGUGGCAUCGAAGAGGUAUUGUCUUACUGGCCGUGUUUGAGGGUAUCGAACUCUGAUCUAAAGUGUGACUCACAAGAACUAGUACUGCAACUCACAGCCGAGGAGGAGUUGAAUCUUAAGCAGAUCAAGACAGCAUUGAGGUCAAGAGAGGUAAUUGAGGGCGUACGCAUAAAGGAUGUCAUCAUUACUGACAGCUCUCCUAAUCUGAGCCGUCUGGAAAUUAUUUGCACCGUUGGAUUUAUAAUUCUAGGAGUUGUUCUCAUGAUCUUCUGUUUUUGGGCAUGCAAUCGUAAAAAAAGUACAAACCAGCGUGAUGUCGGACCAGCUCUACAUCAUCAUGAUGUCCCUAGGAGAUCUAACAACUACAUAGAAAUGUAUCCUCAACCAUUGGAUUUGGAAGGUGGUCAGCAACCCACUGUCUCAACCGAUGGCUCAAACAAAGGUGAAAGACCCAGCUCUUCUGGAUCCAGCUCUACUGGAUUCAGCUCCACUGGAUUCCUUGUUAGGUCUAUUUCUUUACCAGAACGGGAGACUUAGUUUUGUGUCGUGUUCUUGUGGACUGUUUGGCAGGUUUUUAUCAAUACAUCCCCUUAUAUUUAUUCAAUUUUUAAUCUGACAUAAUUAUAAUGUAA